AUGUUACAAUAUUAUUGGUCACGAGGCCUUUCUCGUUUUUCAUGCGUACAUGCUCAUUUAUCUUGAAAACCUUUGUUGUUGUUGUUCAAACUUGGUUGAAGCUGUUGAAGACCUCGGUCAGUCUUCACUUAAACAUAUUUUGGACAACUUUGUGUGGAUAAUUGCAAUUGUCUCUCUUCCUGGACGAAUUUUAGCUGCUUUACGAAGGGGAAGGCAGUUGCAACAAUUUUUUCAAUUUCUGGAAAUCGAGUUUGAUAAUGUUUUGCUGGAAAGAAAGAGCUUCAAAAACAAUUCCAGGCUGCUUUGAAGGAGCAUAAGAUGAUGGAAUUGAUGUUGGACGAACUUGAAAUGAUACAUGAAAAGGCAACCAACAAGAUUGCACUCUUAGAAAGUGAGAUUGUUCUUUGAGGACAGACCAAGAGCAUAAUGCUGUUGAGUGAAGGAAUAGCGUGAUAAGAGGAAUAAAGGGAAAUGAAGUAUAACCAAACUUGGAACCUUUGCAAGCAAGGGGAGGUUUUCUGUUCCCUUUCUUUUAUUUUUCCAUCCUUAGAAUCUUGCUUAACAUGCUUUGAGGACAACUUUAAGUGGGGGUGGGGUUGUAGCUUUGCAUGUUCCAUGUUCUUUGGGAAAUUUUCAUUUUGCCAAAAAUGCCUAAAUUUUAAAAAUUUUCAAAUUCUCUAUUCUUAGAAUAAAUAUCAUGCCUACUUUGUUUUUUAGCUUAGAAAACACGUUUGCCUAACCCUUAAGCAUGGAGCUUGGGUUUGUGAUUGUUUUAUUAUUUAAAUAUCUUAAAUAUGUUGAAAAUGCGUACUUUAAUAGCUUAGAAAUGAGUAAAAUGUAUGCAAUCUAUUAUAUGAAUAUUGUGAACACUGUACAUACUUAAUAAUAUGUGCUGCUGAAAACAUGACCUAACUAAAACCAGACUUGCCUAGCCCUUAGAGUACAGCCAGUUAGGUCAAGUAGAAUGCGUUGAGUUCCCUCAGUAUCAGAACUUGUGUGGGGAACUCUUCACUCUUGGCCUAACCAAAACCAGACCUGCCUUGCCCUUAGAGUUCAGCCGGUUAGGUCAAGUAGAAUGCGUUGGGCUCCCUCAGUAUCAGAACUUGUGUGGGGAACUCUUUGCUUUUGGCCUAACCAAAACCAGACCUGCCUAGCCCUUAGAGUCCAGCCGGUUAGGUCGAGUAAAAUGCGUUGGGCUCCCUCAGUAUCAGAACUUGUGUGGGGAACUCUUUGCUUUUGGCCUAACCAAAACCAGACCUGCCUAGCCCUUAGAGUCCAGCCGGUUAGGUCGAGUAAAAUGCGUUGGGCUCCCUCAGUAUCAGAACUUGUGUGGGGAACACUUCGCUUUUGGCCUAACCAAAACCAGACCUGCCUAGCCCUUAGAGUCCAGCCGGUUAGGUCGAGUAAAAUGCGUUGGGCUCCCUCAGUAUCAGAACUUGUGUGGGGAACUCUUUGCUUUUGGCCUAACCAAAACCAGACCUGCCUAGCCCUUAGAGUCCAGCCGGUUAGGUCGAGUAAAAUGCGUUGGGCUCCCUCAGUAUCAGAACUUGUGUGGGGAACACUUCGCUUUUGGCCUAACCAAAACCAGACCUGCCUAGCCCUUAGAGUCCAGCCGGUUAGGUCGAGUAAAAUGCGUUGGGCUCCCUCAGUAUCAGAACUUGUGUGGGGAACUCUUUGCUUUUGGCCUAACCAAAACCAGACCUGCCUAGCCCUUAGAGUCCAGCCGGUUAGGUCGAGUAGAAUGCGUUGGGCUCCCUCAGUAUCAGAACUUGUGUGGGGAACUCUUCGCUUUUGGCCUAACCAAAACCAGACCUGCCUAGCCCUUAAAGUCCAGCCGGUUAGGUCGAGUAAAAUGCGUUGGGCUCCCUCAGUAUCAGAACUUGUGUGGGGAACUCUUUGCUUUUGGCCUAACCAAAACCAGACCUGCCUAGCCCUUAGAGUCCAGCCGGUUAGGUCGAGUAAAAUGCGUUGGGCUCCCUCAGUAUCAGAACUUGUGUGGGGAACACUUCGCUUUUGGCCUAACCAAAACCAGACCUGCCUAGCCCUUAGAGUCCAGCCGGUUAGGUCGAGUAAAAUGCGUUGGGCUCCCUCAGUAUCAGAACUUGUGUGGGGAACACUUCGCUUUUGGCCUAACCAAAACCAGAUCUGCCUAGCCCUUAGAGUCCAGCCGGUUAGGUCGAGUAAAAUGCGUUGGGCUCCCUCAGUAUCAGAACUUGUGUGGGGAACACUUCGCUUUUGGCCUAACCAAAACCAGACCUGCCUAGCCCUUAGAGUCCAGCCGGUUAGGUCGAGUAAAAUGCGUUGGGCUCCCUCAGUAUCAGAACUUGUGUGGGGAACACUUCGCUUUUGGCCUAACCAAAACCAGACCUGCCUAGCCCUUAGAGUCCAGCCGGUUAGGUCGAGUAAAAUGCGUUGGGCUCCCUCAGUAUCAGAACUUGUGUGGGGAACUCUUUGCUUUUGGCCUAACCAAAACCAGACCUGCCUAGCCCUUAGAGUCCAGCCGGUUAGGUCGAGUAAAAUGCGUUGGGCUCUCUCAGUAUCAGAACUUGUGUGGAGAACACUUCGCUUUUGGCCUAACCAAAACCAGACCUGCCUAGCCCUUAGAGUCCAGCCGGUUAGGUCGAGUAAAAUGCGUUGGGCUCCCUCAGUAUCAGAACUUGUGUGGGGAACUCUUUGCUUUUGGCCUAACCAAAACCAGACCUGCCUAGCCCUUAGAGUCCAGCCGGUUAGGUCGAGUAAAAUGCGUUGGGCUCCCUCAGUAUCAGAACUUGUGUGGGGAACACUUCGCUUUUGGCCUAACCAAAACCAGACCUGCCUAGCCCUUAGAGUCCAGCUGGUUAGGUCAAGUAGAAUGCAUGCAAUUCUUGUGGAAUGUUCUUAAAAAAAAUUAAAGUUUGUUGAGUUUGAGAUUGAAUAUGGAAAUAACUGUCUUUUUUAACUUAAAAUUUUGAUGAAAUUGCAUUUCUUUUUUAUUUGAGUCAGAUUCUUCUUUUGUAUCUUGGAAUUUUUUUUAAUUCAUGUUUCUUUAAUGUUGAAUG